AUGAUAAAUCGACUAACUGAAGACGUUGUAAGUCGUAUCGCAGCCGGUGAAGUAAUAAUUCGCGCUGCAAAUGCUGUAAAAGAACUUAUCGAAAAUUCACUUGAUGCUGAUGCCGACGAAAUAGUUGUCACAGCCGUUAAUGGAGGUCUUGACCUCAUCAAAGUUCAGGAUAAUGGUAAAGGUAUCGCAAAAGACGACAUGCAUUUGGCCUGUGAACGUUUUGCUACUUCGAAAUUGCAAAAAAUCGAAGAUCUCGAAAUGAUGCAGACGUUUGGAUUUCGUGGCGAAGCAUUAGCAUCAUUAAGCCAAGUUGCUAAAGUUUCGAUUAUCUCGAAAAUUUCUUCAUCCUCUUGUGCAUUCGCUGCUAAUUAUAUAGAUGGCCGUUUAGAUGGUGAUAUUCGUCCGUCCGCUGGUCUUAAUGGGACGAUUGUAACCGCAAAAGAACUUUUUUAUAAUUGUCCAUCUCGGCGUCGUGCAUUAAAAUAUCCAGCGGAUGAAAUGAAUCGAAUUGCCGAUGUAAUUAUCAGAUAUGCCAUCCAUAAUUCGAAUGUGUCGUUUACGUUUAAUCGUAGUGGAAGCGGAAGUGAUUUUCGAACUGCUGGUGACGGUAAUAUAACUAAUACAAUUAUUAGUCUUCUUGGAACAAAACUUGCAAAAGAUCUUAUCAUUUUAAAUCACAAGAAGGAUGAUCUCUGUUUCUCAUUAAAGGGUUAUAUGUCACGUCCUAAUGCUUCAUGUACAGCACAAAAUCUUCAGGAAAGACAAAAUCGCCAAAAAAUUUUCUACUUGUUUAUAAAUGGCAGAAAUGUUGAUUGUUUACCGCUGAAAAAAGCUCUUGACAUUGCUUUUGCAACACGAAAUUCUGUUUCAUCGUUUUUAAUGUUAUCUUUGCAAAUUAAUUCGAAUCGUGUUGAUGUUAACGUACAUCCAACGAAAUCGGUAGUUUAUUUCUUAGAACAAGAUGCAAUCGUAUCUUCGAUUCAAGAGUAUAUCGAAGAGCUCUUAAUCAGUACUUUCGAGCACUGUGGGCCGUAUUCAAAAAUAUGUGUGAAGAGUGAUCAGGCCAUUGCAGCAAGUUCUAAUGAUCCUACGAUUUGUGAGAAUACUCCAUCCUCAAAAAAAAAAUUCGUCAUCAAAGUUUCGGAAUCUCUUGGUGGUCUUGGUUCGAAUGCAAUCAAAUCUACUGCCAGUAGAGAUAAAGUUUAUGCUCAUAAACUUGUUCGCACUGAUGUUAAAGAACGUCGUUUGGAUGAAUUUUCUGCCGUUUAUGAAAGUCAGGCAUUAUCUCAAAUAAAAACAGUUGACGUAUUAUGCGAAGAGUCUACUUCAUUUUCAAGUAGUCUAUCCAGCUUUCGCCAUUAUAAUUUUGAUUCUUUGCGAUUAUUGAGAAAAAAACUUUGCGAAGCAGCAUCAGUUUCAUUGCGCACAAUUUUUAAAGAACAUAUAUACAUUGGUGCUGUUGAUCCAGAUAAUGUUUUGAUUCAAAGUGGUACCUCUAUUUAUUUGAUUGAUGCAUCAGAAUGCUUAAAGCAAUACUUUUACCAGGUUGAAUUUUUCAUCCUUUGCCGAUUUUUUAAGGUUUAG